AUGUCUGAUAAAAUUGUUAGUGAAUAUACCAAAGAGAAGAAGGUUGGUGAAGGUACAUAUGCUGUUGUAUAUUUAGGCACAAAACAGUCCACUGGGAGGAAGAUUGCUAUUAAAGAGAUCAAGACCUCCGAGUUCAAGGACGGUUUGGAUAUGUCAGCUAUUAGGGAAGUGAAAUAUUUACAAGAGAUCAACCAUAUCAAUGUUAUUGAGUUAGUUGAUAUUUUUAUGGCUUACAACAAUUUAAAUCUGGUUCUAGAAUAUUUACCAACAGAUUUAGAAGUUGUCAUUAAAGAUCAAAAUAUACUGUUUACACCUGCCGAUAUCAAAUCCUGGAUGCUAAUGACGUUAAGAGGUGUCUAUCAUUGUCAUAGAAAUUUCAUACUUCACAGAGAUUUGAAACCUAAUAAUUUAUUGAUAUCGCCUGACGGUCAGAUCAAAGUUGCAGAUUUUGGUUUGGCAAGGGCAAUACCAGCUCCUUACGAUGUACUGACAAGUAAUGUUGUCACUCGUUGGUAUAGGGCACCUGAAUUAUUGUUAGGUGCAAAACAUUACACAUCUGCUGUUGAUGUAUGGUCUUUAGGGAUCAUUUUUGCUGAACUGAUGUUACGUAUCCCAUACUUACCAGGUCAAAACGAUGUUGACCAGAUCGACGUCACGUUCAGAGCCCUAGGAACCCCAACCGACAAAGAUUGGCCUGGUGUUUCAAAAUUCUCAACAUACACACAAUUACAAACAUAUCCACCGCCAUCGAGGGAUGAGCUAAGAAAGAGGUUCAUAGCGGCAAGUGAAAAUGCAUUAGAUCUUAUGUCAGGAAUGUUAACCAUGAAUCCACAGAAGAGAUGGACCACUAUACAAUGCUUACAAAGUGAGUAUUUCACAGAAUUACCUCCACCCUCAGAUCCAUCAACGAUCAAACUAAAUAAAGAUUAG